AUGGUCAGCAGAGAUCGAACUGAAAGCCCACAGGACUCUGGUCAUGCGCUGGAGCAGAGACAUUUUCCUCUGGACUUCAGCCAAAGUCCACCUGUACGGAGAAGUUUGUUCAAACCUCUCAUUGGUCAGGUGCUGAACAGUGGCGCAGACUUGAACACCCGCCACAGCCAGGCAAGACCCAGAGAGCAGCAAACCUUCAACCGGGUUUCCAUGGCGACAGAGCCUCGGCUGGCAAGCCAGUCAGCAGCAGGCCCCAGCCCCCUCAGCGGGCUGGGACCGGCUGCAGCCCGGGGACCCCCACCGCAUACACCGGACAAGGGCACCAAGAGGGCUAACGUCCUCCCCAUGACACCCCAGCCCCUUCAGAUACAAGGUACUUCUGGGCCUGGGAUACUCCGACCAGUCUCUGAAAUCCAUGCAAAAUUCAGAUCUGUCUUCAGAGAGUUCCCUUACUUCAACUACGUCCAAUCCAAAGCCCUGGACGAUGUUCUUUACACAGGAAAGAACGUUGUGGCUUGUGCUCCUACUGGUUCUGGUAAGACAGUGCUCUUUGAGUUGGCCAUCAUCCGCCUACUGAUGGAAACCACAGAGCCCUGGAGAAACGUCAAAGCUGUUUAUAUGGCCCCCAUCAAAGCUCUAUGCAGCCAGCGCUUUGAGGACUGGAGGAAGAAAUUCGAGCCUCUGGGCCUGAGCUGCAAGGAGCUGACAGGAGACACAGAGAUCGACGACUUCUUUGAGAUUCAGGACGCCCAUAUCAUCAUGACCACACCUGAAAAAUGGGACAGCAUGACCAGGAAGUGGAGGGAUAACUGCCUGCUGCAGUUGGUCCGGCUUUUCCUUAUUGACGAGGUGCACGUGGUGAAAGACACUACGCGUGGAGCGACACUAGAGGUGGUGGUGAGCAGGAUGAAGGCGGUCCAUGCCUACCGUGCAGCAGAGAACCCCCAGGAGGACCUCUCCAUGAGAUUUGUGGCUGUCUCUGCCACCAUUCCCAAUAUCAAGGAUAUAGCAGACUGGCUGUGUGACAACAGAGGCCCUGCUACUUGUCUGGAGAUGGAUGAGAGUCACAGACCGGUGAAACUGAGGAAAGUAGUGCUGGGUUUCCCCUGCAGCAGCAACCAGACUGAGUUCAAGUUCGACCUGUCACUCAACUACAAGAUGGCCAACAUCAUCCAGACCUACUCGGACCAGAAACCAACCCUUGUUUUUUGCUCAACAAGGAAAGGAGUCCAGCAGUCAGCCUCUGUUCUGGCCAAAGAUGCCAGGUUCAUCAUGAGGAUUGAGCACAAACAAAGGUUGAUGAAGUAUGCAAACUCUCUCCUGGACUCAAAACUCAGAGACCUGGUGACGUUUGGGGUUGGUUUCCACCAUGCUGGGGUAGACUUGUCAGACAGGAAGGUGAUUGAAGAGGCCUUCACCAUGGGAGACCUGCCUGUACUGUUUACAACCAGUACUCUGGCGAUGGGGGUGAACCUGCCAGCCCACCUGGUGGUGAUCAAGUCCACCAUGCACUACAUCGGGGGCGCCUGCAAGGAGUACAGCGACGCCGACAUGCUGCAGAUGAUUGGCCGAGCAGGCCGGCCACAGUUUGAUACGUCAGCAACCGCAGUGAUCAUGACCAAGACUCACACCAAAGACAAGUACAUGCAGUUCAUGAAUGGGGCAGAAAUUAUUGAGAGCAGCCUGCACACCCACCUUGUGGAGCACCUGAACGCAGAGAUCGUCCUCCACACCAUCUCAGACGUCAACAUGGCCCUGGACUGGAUCCGCUCCACCUUCCUCUACAUCAGAGCACUGAAGAACCCCAAACACUACGGUUUUUCCACCGACUUGGACCGAUGUGGGAUCGAAGCCAAAUUGCAAGAGCUCUGUCUGAAGAACCUGAACUCCCUGGCCUCCAUUGGUCUGGUCUCCAUGGAUGAGGAUGUCAACAUCAAAGCUACAGAGGGAGGCAGGUUGAUGGCCAGGUACUGUGUGGCGUUUGACACCAUGACGCAGUUCAGCAAGGUGACUGGCACUGAGACCUUACCUGAGCUGAUAGAAUUGAUGGCGAAGGGCAGAGAGUUCACUGACGUGCAGCUGAGAGUCAACGAGAAGAGAACCCUGAACACGUUGAACAAGGACAAGAACAGGAUCACCAUCAGGUAUCCCAUGGAGGGAAAGAUUAAAAACAAUGAGAUGAAGGUGAACUGCUUGAUUCAGGCCCAGUUUGGCUCCAUUCCAAUCCAAGAGUUUGGACUCACACAAGACACCGGUAGAAUCUUCCGGAAUGGAGUCCGAAUCAGCAGAUGUUUGGCAGAGUUUCUAAACCAGCGCUCCAAGACAGGCUUCUCUGCUCUGCUCAACUCCCUGAUACUGGCCAAGUGCUUCAGUGCCAAGCUGUGGGAGAACUCUCCUUACGUCUCAAAGCAGCUGGAGAAAAUAGGGUUGACUCUUUCAGCCGCCAUGGUGAACGCUGGGCUCACCACCUUCAAUAAGAUAGAGAAGACCAACGCCAGGGAACUGGAGCUGAUCGUCAACAGACAUCCUCCAUUCGGAAACCAAAUCAGAGAGGCUAUCAUCAAUCUCCCCAAGUAUGAAGUUUGUUUGGAGCAGCUUCCAAGAUACAACGUCGCCACCGCAGAGAUUGUCGUGACUGUGAACGUGAAGAACCACGAACAGCUGCUGUCAAAGAGAACUGCUCCUGACCACCACUAUGUCACCAUGAUUAUCGGGGACUGUGACAACAACGUGGUCUUCCUGCAAAAACUCACAGACUUGAUGCUGUUGAAGUCGGGAAGCUGGUCAAAGAAGAUUGAAGUGGCGAAAGCCUCCAAAGGAGAGGAGAUCAAUGUGAAUCUGGUCAGCUCAGAAUACGUGGGGUUGGACAUUCAACAGAAGUUUAGUCCCUUCUUCUCUGGACCGAAGAGGUACGGAGCUGAAUCACUCACACCUGAGCAACAUAACACUGUGCAGCAAGCACAGGAUAAUGCUCAGAGAUCACAGGGAGCAACACAGAGAACACAGCCAACAGCUCAGCAAACACAGAAGAGAAACUCCACAUCCACAUGUGCCACAGAAAAGGGUAAAAAUGGAGGGCUGGGGAUUCUGAAAAGGCAGAUGAAUCAGCAUUCGAGUUUCACCUCCUACCUCCAAGACCUGAAGACCAGGAGUGACACACUGACGGAGACUCCAGUCAAACGCCUCAAGAUGAAAAUGAAUGGCGGGAUGGGAGCUGCGAACAUGCAGCAGUUCUCUUAUUCACCUAAGCCAAUCCUACCUGCUUCUUCCAGGUAUGAAGGUAACCAGUAUGGCGCUUUGGCAAGACCACAGAGUGUAGAUUCAGCUGAGGACUUUGCAACACCCCAAGAGAUGGCUCAUGUUGUGACCUAUGGCCAUGGCACUUCAAUGUGGAGGAAGCCCAAUGCCUACGUUGGAAGAUCCCUCAGCCACAGCACCCCCCAAAGCACCCCGCAAAGCCAGAGCAGGAGUUACCCUCAGAGCCACAGCACCCCCCAGAGCCAGAGCAGGGGUUACCCUCAGAGCCACAGCACCCACCAGAGCAGGGGUUACCCUCAGAGCCACAGCACCCCCCAGAGCCAGAGCAGGGGUUACCCUCAGAGCCACAGCACCCGCCAGAGCAGGGGUUACCCUCAGAGUAAUAGCACCCCCGAGAGCAGGGGUUACUCCCAAAGUAUCUCUCAGAGCCAGAGCAGGGGUUACCCUCAGAGCCACAGCACCCCCCAAAGCAGGAGUUACCCUCCGAGUAAAAGCACCGCCCAAAUCCAGAGCAGGGGUAACAGUACCCCCCAAAACCAGAGCAGGUCUUUUUCUCAGAGUUCCAUUGUAGACUUGACCGACGACAGUGGUUUUUUCUCAUCGUCAAUCACCCCCAGCGUGACCUUUGACCUGGGAGACGAGUGGGACGAUUUUGAGGACGACAACUUGGUGCACGCCAACGAGAAGCCAUGCACCACUGUUGCUAAAACUAAAAGGGUGGACCUGGACUGUGAUAGGCCAAAAGGUGAGCUCAGCUCGUAA